GGCGCUUCCGGCGCGGGCGCUUCCGGCGGCGCCGCGUGGGCCCGGGCGGGAGAUGUCGGUGUCGGCGGCGGCGUCGGGCACGUUGCCCAUGCGGCUGCUGCGCAAGAAGCUCCACAAGCGCAACCUGAAGCUGCGGCAGCGCAACCUGAAACGGCGGGCGGCCGAGCGGGCAGGCGAGGAGGAGGCCGCGGCGGGGCCCCCGGAGGAAGAGGCGGCGGAGGCAGCGGCUCCCGCCGCGGAGAAGGAGGCGGCGGCGGCGGGCGCGGGCCUCGCCGAGGGCGCGGAGGUCGAGACGAGGAAGAGGAAGAAGAGGAAGGGGCCGGCUGCCGCGCAGGACGAUAUAGAAACUAAAAAAGCAAAGACUAAAGAAGAUGAGUCUGCAGAGGUAGAUGAAGAAGGGCAGGAUUCUGGAGAGAAAGAAGUGGAGGAAGAGGAGGAGGAGGAGGAGGAGGAAGUACCCAGUUUACCGCUAGGUGUAACAGGUGCUUUUGAAGACACUUCAUUUGCUUCCCUUGCUGGUCUUGUCAGUGAGAACACCCUGAAAGGCAUAAAUGACAUGGGCUUCACGCAUAUGACAGAAAUUCAACAUAAAAGUAUUAAGCCUCUUCUGGAAGGCAGGGAUAUUUUAGCAGCUGCAAAAACAGGCAGUGGCAAAACACUCGCAUUUCUUAUUCCUGCAGUAGAGCUCAUCUACAAGUUAAAAUUCAUGCCUAGAAAUGGAACGGGUGUUAUUAUUCUUUCACCUACUCGAGAGCUUGCUAUGCAAACAUAUGGAGUUCUUAAAGAACUUAUGGAUCAUCAUGUUCACACCUAUGGUCUGAUAAUGGGGGGCAGUAACAGAUCAGCAGAAGCACAGAAACUUGGAAAUGGGAUCAACAUCAUUGUGGCAACACCAGGAAGACUUCUGGAUCACAUGCAGAACACUCCAGGUUUCAUGUACAAGAACUUGCAGUGUUUGGUAAUUGAUGAAGCAGAUCGUAUCUUAGAGGUUGGGUUUGAAGAAGAAAUGAAACAGAUCAUAAAGCUUCUACCAAAGCGCAGACAGACAAUGCUCUUUUCUGCUACUCAAACAAGAAAGGUUGAAGAUCUGGCUAAGAUCUCUCUGAAGAAAGAGCCACUGUAUGUUGGGGUUGAUGAUAACAAGGAGACAGCAACAGUAGAUGGUCUUGAACAGGGCUAUGUAGUAUGUCCUUCUGAAAAAAGAUUCCUUUUGCUCUUCACCUUCCUCAAGAAGAACCGGAAGAAGAAGCUAAUGGUUUUUUUUUCUUCAUGUAUGUCGGUGAAGUACCAUUAUGAAUUACUCAACUAUAUUGAUUUGCCUGUUAUGGCCAUUCAUGGCAAGCAGAAACAAACCAAACGGACUACAACAUUUUUCCAGUUUUGUAAUGCAGAAUCUGGAAUACUGCUGUGCACUGAUGUAGCUGCUAGAGGACUGGAUAUUCCUGAAGUGGACUGGAUUGUCCAGUAUGACCCUCCAGAUGAUCCAAAAGAAUACAUUCAUCGAGUUGGUAGAACUGCCAGAGGUAUAAAUGGCAGAGGACAUGCUUUGCUCAUUUUACGACCAGAAGAACUGGGCUUUCUUCGUUAUCUAAAGCAAGCCAGGGUACCAUUAAGUGAAUUUGAAUUUUCUUGGUCAAAAAUUUCAGACAUCCAGUCUCAGCUGGAGAAACUGAUUGAGAAGAACUACUUCCUUCACAAGUCAGCCCAGGAAGCAUACAAAGCUUACAUUAGGGCUUAUGACUCCCACUCUCUAAAACAGAUCUACAAUGUCAAUAACCUGGAUCUGCCCAAAGUCAGCCUUUCAUUUGGUUUUAAAGUCCCUCCAUUCGUUGACCUCAAUGUGAACAGCAACCAAGGCAGAAGACUACAGAAAAGAGGUGGAGGUGGAGGAUUUGGUUACCAGAAAUCAAAGAACGUCCACAAAGCUAAAAUCUUCAAACACAUUAGCAAGAAAUCAGACAAUCGGCAGUUUUCUCGUUAAUCAUACCUUCAUUUAAAUGGCUUUUGCCAUUAGAAUAGACUACCUUGAUCAAAACUAGCUGACAGUUACUUCCAGUUUAAACUGCUCUGUUAAUAUUUUAGGAUUUUUCUUUACCUUUUUAUUUCAGGAAGACUUUUUGGGAGGGAGACUGAAGAUAAGUAGUCUGCUAAUUUUGCCAUGCUCAUUGUAAGGAAGAAGAUAUUUGAAUAAAAUUAUUUUAAGUCAAUGCUAUAUUUUUUUUAAAAGAAGGAUAUCUUCAGCUUUUUACAAGAGAAUUUGCUUUCCAUUUUUCCCUUUUUUUAUGCACGCACACACCUCUAAGAAGAUUUGGAGUAGGCAGAACACAAGGACAUGUUACAGUACAAGAUAACUUGCAAGCAAGAGACCUCAGAAUGCUCAAAAAGAGCUGUAGGUCUAAAAAUAUUUUUACAGUGUAAAAGGGAUUUUUGUUUGCACGAAUCAUUGCCAUUUUCUAGUGCUACAGAACUUUGUCCAAAAAACAUGCUGAAGAAUAUAGGCAGAUUCCUGCAGAACAGAAUAUAUCUGUUAAUCUAAUUAAGACUGUAUAAGCUUGUAAUUAUUUUUAAGUCAUGCCACCUGUAUAACAAUAACAAAUACAAUGGUAAAGACAAAAUCACUCUUUUAUGUCUUAUCUGUGAUAUGCUUAGAACUGUGGGGGUGUUUUGAUGUUGUGAUAAAAUGUUAAUAUUCUAGUGAAAUUAUCAAAUCUGUUUCAUGUUCUUUACUCCGGAUUUACCCAUCUAGAAGUGUCUAGUGUAUUCUCUUAUGAAUAUGCAAAUAAAAUUAAGAAAGGCAGAUUACAUAAUUUGAA